UUCCACCACUGGGCCCCCCUUUAAAGUGUCUUGAGCAUCUCCUAUUUGGAGUUAGCAAGCUCCUCCCCCUUUGAGAUCCUGAGUAUCAGGAGCUUCUUACUGGUGGAAGGUUAUUAAAUUCCCAGCACAGACUGGCUCACUCAGGGCAUCUCUCAGCACUGGAAGCAGGGUCUCUUUUGGGUCACCGGUUCAGCCCAGCUAGCUUGAUCUCAGUGUGUUGAGUGACACCGCCAGCAUGACCAAAACCACUGGGGAGAAGCCGCGGUCACGCAGUCGCGUGCAGCAGUUCCGUGAGAGAAUUCAACUGCGUUCCCUAAAGGCGAGGAAGAAAGUGGAAGACAUCAGUAAAGAUGACGUGAAAACCUUUCUGAGAAGAAAUGCUUUUGUGCUGUUCACCGUUGGAGCGGUGUUGUUUGGUAUCGUGCUGGGAUUUGCUCUGAGGUCAUACAAGAUGUCAUACAGGGAAGUGAAGUAUUUCUCCUUUCCUGGUGAACUAUUGAUGCGUAUGCUGCAGAUGCUAGUGCUUCCCCUUCUAGUCUCAAGUUUGAUUACAGGCAUGGCAGCACUGGACAGUCGUGCCUCUGGAAAGAUGGGUAUGCGUGCCGUCAUAUACUAUAUGACCACCACUUUCAUCGCAGUGUUUAUCGGCAUCAUUAUGGUUCUGAUUAUCCACCCGGGCAAAGGCUCGAAGGAUGAAUUCACCAAACAGCAGAAGAUCGAGAAUGUCAGCCCAGCUGAUGCCUUCCUGGAUCUCAUUAGAAACAUGUUUCCACCUAAUCUAGUUCAGGCCUGCACUCAACAGUUCAAGACCCAAUAUGGCAAGAGGAUCAUUCAAGUGAAGGUGAUUGUGAACGAUUCGAUAUUCAACCUUACUAACGCCACCCAGGAGAUUACCCAAGAGGAAGUGAUUCCUCUCCCAGGCGCCACCAAUGGGGUUAAUGCCCUCGGUCUGGUGGUGUUUUCAAUGUGCUUCGGCUUGAUCAUUGGGAGUAUGAAGGAACAGGGACAGGCUCUCAGAGACUUCUUCGACUCCCUCAACGAGGCCAUCAUGCGACUUGUUGCUAUUAUUAUGUGGUACGCACCUAUUGGUAUCCUCUUUCUGAUUGCUGGAAAAAUCGUGGAGAUGGAUGACAUCACUGAGAUGGGUGGUCAGCUCGGCAUGUAUACGGUUACAGUGAUAAUCGGCCUCAUGAUACAUGGCAUGAUCGUUCUACCGACUUUGUACUUCGUCAUCACCCGGAAAAACCCUUUCGUCUUCAUCACGGGUUUGCUGCAGGCCCUCAUCACGGCUCUCGGCACCUCUUCCAGCUCUGCCACUCUUCCAGUUACCUUCAGAUGCCUGGAAGAGAACAACAACGUUGACAAACGCGUGACUCGAUUCGUGCUGCCCGUUGGAGCCACGAUCAACAUGGAUGGAACAGCACUGUAUGAAGCCCUGGCAGCCAUCUUUAUCGCCCAGGUUAACAACAUGGAAAUGAACUUUGGGCAGAUCAUAACAAUUAGCAUCACAGCCACUGCUGCAAGUAUCGGAGCGGCCGGAAUCCCUCAGGCUGGUCUGGUCACAAUGGUGAUUGUGCUGACCUCUGUCGGACUGCCAACCGAUGACAUCACCCUCAUCAUUGCAGUUGAUUGGUUCCUGGAUCGACUGCGCACAACAACUAACGUCCUGGGAGAUUCUAUAGGAGCUGGGAUCAUAGAGUUCCUGUCCAAAGAUGAGCUUCAGAGUGGUGAUGUGGAAUUGGGGAGCUCUGUGCUGGAGGAGAACGAAGUGAAGAAACCUUAUCAGAUGAUCCCUCAGGAGAACGACUAUGAGAAUGAGAAACCACCACGUGACAGCGAGACUAAGAUGUAGAAGGCUGCAUAUUCAACGCCCAACCAAGGAUUUUUUGUGUGUUUGUGUCUGUAUACGUACAGUGGCCCCAAAAAAUAUAUGAACACUUAAGAUACACUUAGAAAUGUAAGAAUUUAAUUGCAUUAUAUAAGAAAAUAUCAACCUAAAUGCAUUUAUUUGAAAGAAAUAUUGCACAAGUAUGCUACUCAAGCAAAACAAAAAGUAUUUGGACACUUUCUGUUUGUGGAACGGAGAAUUAUGUUUGUAAUUAGGGAAAUGAACUACACUUGACUUCAUACAUUCACUAACAAUCCCAGCUAACAGGGAACAUUCUCAGAACUUUGGCGAAGAAACAUUCUUCCAAUAACGUUAAUAGAAUGUUUGUUCAAAAUUAUCUGGUCUUUAAUAAUGUUCUCAAAAACAUUAUUUAUACGUCGUUCAUAGAACUUGGUUCGUCUAAUGUUUUUGCUAAAUGUUACUGCUUGUUUCUAAACGUUCAGAGGAAAUUCAAAAGUAAUAUUCCAUUGCAACAUUCUGGCAUGUUUGCAGAAUGAUAAAAAGGAAUGUUCUCUUAAAAACUGGAUUUUGAACAUUAGGAGAAAAAUCAGAAAUAACAUUUUCACAACUUAUAGGGAUAGUUCACCCAAAAAUGAAAAUUCUGUCAUCAUUUACUCACCCUCAAGUUGUUCCAAACCUGUAUGAAUUUCUUUCUUCUGCUGAACACAAAAGAAGUUAUUUUGAAGAAUAUGGGUAACCAAACAGCUGAUGCUAAAAAAAAUACUAUGGAAGUCAAUGGGGCUCAUCAGCUGUUUGGUUACUGACAUUUUUCAAAAUAAUGUCUUCAGCAGAAGAAAGAAAUUCAUGCAGGUUUGUAACAGCUUGAGGGUGAGAUUUUUGACAAUUUUUAUUUUUGGGUGAACUAUCCUUUUAAUGGGAACGUUAAUAAAGUGUUCUUAGAACAUUUUUUUUUUUUUUUUUAGCUGGGAUUACAUUGAAAAACAAUUUUGAUAUUUUGCUAUGCAAUAAAAUUCAUACAUUUGUGAAGUGUUGCUUACAUGUCAAAAGUGUCCAAAUAUUUUGUUUAGGGCCAUUGCAUAUAUAGAUAUAUAUACAGUAUAUAUAUAUUUUGUUUUGUUUUUGAAUAUUUUUUUCAACCUUCUUUUGUCAUUUUACUGUAAUUUUGUUUUUGUGCUUUGGUUUGGUUCUCCAGGUCAUACCGAUUGUUAUUUUGAUUUGGCAGGAGAGUUUUACCUUUACAAAAAUAUAUAAUAACCAUUCCUUUUUUUGUAUUGCCUUUUCAUUAUUUUAAUAAUUAGCUGAAAUGUGAAUCUAUGUAGGAUAUGGAGGGCAUUGGUAUGUUGGUGACCAACGGUUGUCACAUGAGCUACAAGAGUGUUAAAACGAACAGGGUCAUGAAUGUACACAAGACUGAUUUUAAGCAAAAAUGAAUGUCAGUGCUUUUCUCAGAGUAAAUUAUUCAUCUGAUGAACAAACAGAAGUUCAUUACUCUUUGUGCACUGGGUGUUCAGCAUGGGCAGGAGUCCAAGAUCAAACACUUUUGGGCUCCGGUUAUAAUGUGAUCAUCUAUGAAAUAUGUCUUAUUGUAAAUAUCAAGAGAAAAUUAUGUUUGGCUUUGAAAGCUGCUUUACACAUCUUUAUGUAUGAGAAGACUCAUUGAUAUUCCUCAGUGUUUCAGCAGCUAUUUGAGUUUUUUAAUUAAACAACAGCUCACACAACUAAUUCUAACUGAAUAAACACAUAUGCGUUUGAGAAGUUGUUUUCUAUUUUGCUAUAGUUCAUCCACUGACCCUUUUAUUGCCAUUUGCUAACAUUAAUGAUACAUAGAAAUAAUACGUAGCUGCUACUGAAUAGUAAUUGUAGGAAAAGAGACUGAAUGUUUACAGUCUUGUGGUUGCAAUGACAUACAGUCAUUUUGAAAACUGUAAAUCUUUUGAAAACAUGCUAUAGUCACAGGUUGGACUCACAUGUACUCAGCUGGAAACUGUGAUCUUAUAUUUGCCUUUUUUAAAUUCUAAGUUUUUUCAUGUUGCUGUAUAUUUCCUGUCAAAGUCCAUAAAAAGCAAAAUGGGUGAUUAGAACUAUAGAAUAAAGAGCAUACGCAUGUUGUGUGUUAAAUAUAGUUUUGAAUAAAAUGGAGAGUGGUGA